AUGAAGAGGAUGAAGAAGACGGAAGAGAGGAAGAAGGAAGUCAAGAAGAAGGAAAACCCCAGGCAUCGUAGGAAGAGAAGUAAGGGUGACGCUCUGGUUAUCGAGGCGAAAGACAAAACGACAUACGCAGCACUCCUCCGGAAGGUGAGAGAGGAUCUGGAGUUGAAGCAACUAGGCGAGAACGUGGUGAAAACCAGGUGCACCCAGAAAGGCGAGAUGCUCUUCGAGCUGAAAAAGGACCCGUCGGUGAGGAGUUCAGCCUUCAAAGAACUCGUCGAAAAAUCGUCAGGGGAUCCAGCAUCGUAUAGGCCUAUAUGCUUGCUGGAUACAGUCGGAAAGCUAUCGGAGAAGAUCAUCCUCAACAGGCUAACGAAAUGCACGGAGAAUGAGCAUGGAUUGUCGGAAGAAGAAGAAGAAGAAGAAGAAGAAAAGAAGAAGAAGAAGAAGAAGAAGAAGAAGAAGAAGAAGAAGAAGAAGAAGGAGAAGGAUUCAGUGCUUUUCUCAGCGGCCUAUUUUUGCAAGUGGAACUAA